AUGGAAAAGUUUGCGACCCUACAACCUACACGAUUGUACAAUACUGUGCGAGGAAUACCGACCCAAAAACCACCACAUGGGGGACCAAAACUCAUAGGCAAGCUUCCAACCGACAUUCACCUCCUUAUCCUUCUCCACCUACCCAUUCCUGAUUUCCCAAGCUACAUUGGCACAUGUCGUGCGGCUGCUACACUGAUCGGAGACGAAAAGAUAUGGGAAAGGAGAUGGAAGGCUCUCAAGGUCGAGAAAUACGGGCUGCAAGGCGUUCUGAAUGACCUCGAUGCCCGCAACAAGAUACGAACAGGUGCCUCCAGGGCAGCAGCACCACCCACGAUAGCAGUCGAUGAUGAUUUCGGCGAUUUCGCUUCUGGAGAUUUGGCAGCCGGAACGGUAGAUGAGAUGGGCGAUUUUGUUGGUGCUAGCGGGUUCGAUGUUGCGCUCGCCGCUGCUGCGCCAAAGGCACCGGUAUUUCUCGUUGACGCAGGAUUGAGCAACACAAACAAUAGCAAGAGUUACAAAGGCCGGUUUAUACGAGCUCAUAUUCUUCUCAAACCCCUCACCAAGGUUCUAAACCAACCUCCUCAUGUCAUCCUCUCUUCGCUCGCAUCUUCACUUGAUACUAGGUCGAUACGACAGCAAGCUCUCACUCUUUGUCUUCUCUCUUCAUUUCUAUCCCCUCAAAUUCAACCCGUACGACAAUGGUUCACUUUACAUUCCUCGUUACGCUCGGCUAUGGACCGUUUCGAUGCCAAUCUGCUUGCUGCGUUUGACUUGAGUGAUAGCAAAUCAGACGAAGCAGGAAUGCGGGAGGCGGCAGAUUCUAGUUGGCUGAUUUGGGUUUCAGACACAACGACUGCAAAGGCGGUCUUUACAGUAGAUUGGGAGAUGGGAAAGGUUUGGGCAGAGAAGCGAGAGAUUUUCUAUGAGAGUAAAGGCAAUCCACUCGAUAACGUCAAUGACUCUGGACAGUUGGACUUUGAUGCUAUGGACGAAUUCGUGACUAUUGUACGGGAAUCUAUACUCGAGCAUGGAUCAAGAGCCAUUCGCGUCUUUCCCCCGGAAUCGCAGGUGCUGAUUAUGUUUGCUGAGCGGGUCGCAAACGAGGUGGUCGCCGAUUACAUAUCCUCACUCCUCCUUCGCGCCCGCGAAAUAUCCACAGACACUUAUCUCAAGGCUGUUGCGGCGACUUUCAAGGAAGGGUGGAGGGUGGUUGAUGCGAUCAUGUUGGCUGCUGCUGCAAACGGCAAGGAUCCAGUAGACAAUAGCGUUACUCAAACGAGGGCAGAGGAUGUCGUAUAUCAGAUGUUUGAACAAAACAUGGACGAAUACCUUGACGAAGAGAUAGAGACUGUGAAGCUUACCCUAGAAAAGAUAUGCAAAGGGUGGGAGAAACAGAUGUCCAAGACAGUUGGAACUACAGCUCAAAAACAAGGACGCUUCCUUGCAUCAAACAAUCCCGCUCAGGUCAAACGGAAUGUCCUCGCUUCUUUCACUGACGUACUGCUUUUACCGGUGACCAUAGUCCCAAGAACAGUCGGAGCGGUCGGCGGCGCGAUCGUGAGUGGUGGUAAAAUGGUGACGGAGGGAACUGUUCAAGGGAUAGCGAUGCUUAAUCCCAUUCGAUGGGGUGCAGGAGCUCAUACUGCGAACGACGAUAAGGAGGGUUACUUACGCGGCGGAACAGGAGAUAUGGUCUUUGAGAUUGGACAGGAAUCGGAUGACGAAGACGAUGUGAAUGAUACCAAGACGCAUACAAAAACGACAUCACUGUCUUCGGUUACAUCUAGCUCCAAAGCGAUUUCGCUUGCACCUUCCACCACCAUGACAUCGGUCGGUUCUGCACGGAGCAAUGAUGAUCUCGACCAGAUGGACCUUCUGCUUUCCCUCGAUGUUGCACUGGAGCUCAUUCAUGCGGACAGAGAGGCUCUUAAACGUGUUGAGACCUUCGCAGGUUAUCCCGGUCAUUAUGGUCACCGGGUCAGAGACACUAUUGAGGAGAUCUUCAUUUUGAUGCUGAGUACUAUGACCGAAGGGCACCUAAGUAAGGGCUUUGGCGAGGCGACGACGCGAAUGACAUCUUACAAACCCGCUGAACACGAGGAAACGACCAGCGUUGCUCCAUUAUUACAAUUCUUCGAGCUAGUUCACAUAGGUGAUACUAUCCAAAGCAUGGUCCAGGUGUAUUUCGAUAAAGAACUGGCGCCGCACAUCGAUCGAACGGAUUUCUUGAACGCUGUGGUACGAGAGAAGAAGCGUUUUGAAAAUACUCUUGACGAUUGCGUAGCCGGCGGCUUGAAUGCUGGUACUGAGGUGCUGAUGAACCAGGUUGAACAUAUCAUCAACAAAUUCACGAAACCAAGGGAGUACUAUCCUCCCGACGGUGCUGAUCAGGAUCUUGGCCCGACUCGAGGUUGCACAGAAGCCAUAAAAUGCUUGGAGGUUCACUGUAAGCUUUUGAAGGGAAGUACGAGUAGAGAAGUCUUGGAAGUGUUCUACCAGGAGGUCGGAAUACGCUUGAUUGGGAUCCUUCAAAAGCACAUAAAACGACAAAUCAUCUCACUCAAUGGCGGCUUUCAAGUGAUAGCAGACCUGAAUGCUUAUCACGCCUUCAUCUCAUCUCUCAAAGUGACUUCGAUAGCAUCCGAUUUCUCGCACCUCAAAAUGCUGGGACAUGUUUACGUUGUCGAGGACGCGAAAGAUCUGGCCCAAAUUGUGAAGGAUGUUGCGAGGUAUGGCGGAUCUUACCGGCCAGAGGACAUAUACGAGUUUAUUCAGCGGCGGUCCGAUUGGAAAAAGAUCGAAAAAACGGUGGACAAAACGAUGUAUAACCUCAGUUUCAAGGAGGAUUGUGUCAUUUCAUAG